CUUAAAUAAUAGCUAGAAAUAAAAAUUAGUUUAUAAAGAAAUACUCAUAUUUUUGCUAUAAACCACAAACAAUUAUAAACGAAACACCAAAAGUGCAUUUAACGACAAAUUACGCGAAACAUCAAGAAGAAGAAGUAGAAGUAGAAUAAAAGCCAAGUGCUGCCUAACAGAAUACGAGUGAAGCAUAAAACAAAAUGAAAACAAAAUAAAAGUUUUCAAUUUAUUUUGUUAUACAAAUUUGAAAUACAACGUGAAAUAUUAUUGCCAAACAUAUAACAACAACAGCAACGACAACAAAUAUAUAAAAUCCGCAACAUUUGCUGUCCAGUGGAAAUAUAAAUAAAAAAUAAAAUAACAAAUUCAAUCAACAUGCGUCGCAAUAUUAAAUUAAUUGUCUUCGUCAGCAUCAUUUGGAUGUUCGUAAUGGUCUAUUACUUUCAGUCCAGCACGGAAAAGGUUGAAAAUCGAGCACUGCGGUUACGUGAGGUGGCAACGGCCAUGCAACAGUAUCAGGACGAUAUAUCGGCAGGCGCAUCAACAUCUCGUCAGUGGGCGCCGGCUGCCAACUCGGGCAUACGUGUGGCUGGCGGCAUCGGUGGCAGCGGCGCCGAUGAUCCCGGUGGCAAUGUCAUUUUAAUCGGCUCUGUAAAGGACUUUGAACGCAAUGCGGUGCAUGGCCUCAAGUUGAAUGGCAUUGUGGCUCUGGAGGAGACCUCUCAGGGCAUCAGCGGCAGCGCCGGCGGCACAGUCGGCGGUCGACUGGCCGUUGGACCGAGCGCUCGCGGCGGCGAGGUCGAGUACUUUGACGAGGCGGGCUACAUACGCGGCGGUGGGCUGCGCAGCGGCGAGGAUCCGUACAUACGGAAUCGCUUCAAUCAGGAAGCCAGCGAUGCGCUGCCCAGCAAUCGUGAAAUACCCGACACCCGGAAUCCCAUGUGCCGCACGAAAAAGUAUCGUGAGGAUCUGCCCGAGACGAGCGUCAUCAUAACCUUCCACAAUGAAGCGAGAUCAACGCUUUUGCGCACCAUUGUCAGCGUUCUGAAUCGCAGUCCCGAGCAUCUAAUACGCGAAAUUGUGCUGGUCGAUGAUUACAGUGAUCAUCCCGAGGACGGUCUGGAGCUGGCCAAGAUCGACAAGGUGCGCAUCAUACGCAACGAUAAACGCGAGGGCUUAGUCCGAUCGCGUGUACGCGGUGCCGAUGCAGCCGUUAGCAGUGUUUUGACCUUCCUCGACAGCCACGUGGAGUGCAACGAGCAGUGGCUGGAGCCGCUCUUGGAACGUGUGCGUGAGGAUCCCACGCGUGUGGUAUGCCCCGUCAUCGAUGUGAUUAGCAUGGACAACUUUCAGUAUAUUGGCGCCUCGGCGGAUCUGCGCGGCGGUUUCGAUUGGAAUCUGAUAUUCAAAUGGGAAUAUCUGAGCCCCACGGAGCGUGCGGCCCGACACAAUGAUCCGACCACUGCCAUACGCACGCCCAUGAUUGCGGGCGGGCUGUUUGUCAUCGAUAAGGCGUACUUCAAUAAGCUAGGCAAAUACGAUAUGAAGAUGGAUGUCUGGGGCGGUGAGAAUCUGGAAAUCUCGUUCAGGGUGUGGCAAUGCGGUGGCAGCCUGGAGAUAAUACCCUGCAGUCGUGUUGGCCAUGUGUUCCGCAAGCGUCAUCCCUACACCUUCCCCGGCGGCAGUGGCAAUGUCUUUGCCAGAAAUACACGACGUGCCGCCGAGGUCUGGAUGGAUGACUACAAGCAGCACUAUUACAAUGCGGUGCCGCUGGCCAAGAAUAUUCCGUUUGGCAACAUUGAUGAUCGUUUGGCUCUGAAGGAGAAAUUGCAUUGCAAGCCGUUCAAAUGGUAUUUGGAGAACGUCUAUCCCGAUCUGCAGGCGCCCGAGCCACAGGAGGUAGGCCAAUUCAGACAGGAUACAACCGAAUGCUUGGAUACUAUGGGUCAUGUUAUUGACGGCACUGUGGGUCUAUUCCCCUGCCACAAUACGGGCGGCAAUCAGGAAUGGGCGUACUCGAAACGUGGCGAAAUCAAGCACGAUGAUCUCUGCCUGACGCUCGUCCAGUUCGCCCGCGGUUCGCAGGUGGUGCUGAAGUCAUGCGACGAUACGGAAAACCAACGCUGGAUCAUGCGGGACGGCGGUCUAGUGAAACACAACAAGAUCAAUGUGUGUCUGGAUAGUCGGGAUCACAAUGAGCAGGGCAUCAGUGCGCAGGGCUGCAAUUCGGCGCUGUCCACCCAACGUUGGGCCUUUACCAAAUAUGCGUGA